CGUCGCUCGACCAACAUGUCGGCUUCGUCGGGGAUUAUGAACCAGUUUACACAGAAGACACGGGAUGGGAUUAUGACUCGGUGGGCUGACAAGAAGUCCCUCGAUGCGGUGGACAAUGCUCUGGGCUCAACGAUGGAGGCUUCUGACUUUUAUCAUUCUGCUGAUGGCAGCCGGUUGGCUGUCACUACCGCUGCCGCUGUUGUGGUCUACGAUACUCAAACAGGUGCGGAGCUGCUCUCGCUUCCGGUGCCUGGCGUUCGCAAGGUCAAGUUCUCGCCUCGUGCGACCCACAUCGUCACCUACACUCGCUGGUCAAAGACGCUCGAGGAGGGCAAUGUCGCUGUGUGGCGCGUCGAUGACGCCGCUGAAGUCGAUCGCAUGGUCCGCAAGACCUUCCCGCGCGGUGGUGAUCACACCUGGUCGCCGGUGUGGACUUCGGACGAGGCCCUGUAUGUCCGCGGCUCGGGCGCGCUCGAGUUCCACGACGGCGCUGCCAUCGGCUCGGAUGCUGGCUCGCUCGCCCGGCUCGAGCCUGGAGGUGUGCUUGAGUACUGCGUUGCGCCAGGCCCGGCGCCGUACCACGUGGUCGUCCGCUGCAAGCCUGUCCGUAAGGGCGGCCCGUCGACGCUCCGCAUGUACGAGUACCCUCGUUUCGGCAAGGGCGAGGCGACGUGCGUCAAGGCUCUCACCAGAGUCGACGAGGUCGACUUUGACUGGUCGCCGGACGGCUCGGCUGUCCUUGCCUCGGUCUCCACCGAGGUCGACACCACCGGCCAGUCGUACUACGGCGAGACGACGCUGUACUACAUGGCCGCCAACGGCUCGUUUGACUGCGCCGUUCCACUCGUCAAGGAGGGCCCCAUGUACGACUCGUCGUGGGCGCCCGACUCGCAGUCGUUUGUCGUCGUUCACGGCCGCAUGCCAGCCAAGACCAUCCUCUACUCGCGCAAGUGCGAGGCCAUCUUUGACUUUGGCACCUCGUCACGCAACACGGUCGCCUUUUCGCCGCAGGGCCAGUUUGUCUGCAUCGCAGGCUUUGGCAACCUCACCGGCGAGAUGGACUUUUGGGACACAUCCAAGCUCAAGCUCAUGGGCACCGCCGAGGCCAACUGCCCCGUCUACUACGGCUGGUCGCCCUCGGGUCGCCUCUUCAUGACCGCUUCGCUCUUCCCGCGCAUGCGCGUCGACAACGGCAUCCAGAUCUGGUCCUACUACGGCAAGCUCCUUCACUCGGACACCAUCGACAACGUCGAGUUCUCCAAGAUCGAGUGGUGCCCAGCCCCGAUCGAGAACCACCCGCCGCGCCCGGUCUCCCCGAUUGUCGAGGAGGCCCUCAAGCGCAACAAGCCGUUCCGCACCGCGGCUUCGGGCGCUACCUCGUCCGGCAACGUCGCCAAGAAGGCCUACGUCCCGCCUCACCUCCGCGGCAAGAGCGGCAAGUCGUCCGUCCCCGGCCUCCGCCGCGACAAGUCGCCGCCCCGCGAUCUCACCGCCGCCAAGAAGGAAAAGGUCGAGAAGAAGAAGUACGUGCCCGGCGCCCGCCAGGCCCGCCACAUCCCGGGUGCUCCGCCCCCGGGCGCUGCACCGCAGAAAAAGUCCAACAAGAAGCCCAAGGGCAACAACAAGGGCAACGCUCACUCCAACUCGGGCAAUGCCUCCCGCACAAAGGCUCUGGCCGCCGGCGAAGUCCCCACCGCCCAGUCGUUCCUCCUCAACGUCACCGACGACUCGCCGCUGGUCAUGCUCACCAAGAAGACCCGCAACCUUAAGAAGAAGCUCCGCCAGAUCAACGACCUCGCCGAGCGCAAGGCCAUGGGUCAGGAUCUCUCAGAGACUCAGGAGGUCAAGCUCGCCUCCAAGGACGCCGUCGCCGAGGCCAUCGACAUCCUCGUUGCCCGCACCGAUGCUCUCAAGGCUCUCGAUGCUGAUGCCCAGUAGAGCGCCGCCACCCGCCGCCACC